AUGACACCUGAAAGCAAUAUUGAGACUUCGACAACGGACGCGACUGUGGAGCAGAUAAGAAAGGAGGCGGCGCGUGUUUCUGCGCUGAAAAAACGCAGAAGAUGGCUCAAAGGCUUUUUGUGCUUGUUAGUACUUGUGAUCACGUGGGUUAUUACAGUACAAUUGGCCAAUAUGGUCAUGAAGGGAAGCGAUUAUGACCACCCGCUUUUCGUGGCUGCGAUCGACGGGAUGUUCUUUGUUAUUUUUGGUGGACGGAUGCCGUUCAGAGCCCUAAAGUACGGCUUUCGUAUCUUUUUCAGGCGGUUGCAUGUGCUUUUUGGCACAAGCGAGAGUGUUCCGCUACUGGAUCCGGACGAUACACGUGUAAGCUAUGGCAGUGGUGUUUCGGAUGACGAUUUUUCGUCGAAUAUCGAUAAAAUUGACGGGAAAACGGCAGUUGUGCACGUAAGAAGCGUGGAAAGUGAGCCCAAGCCACUUCGCACGGGAAAUAUCGUUACAAUGGGUGCGGUAAUCGCAUUUAUAUACUUCAUAAGUGGGGCGUGUGCCACCACAGCACUCAAAUACACGAGUGGCUCGAACGAGACAGUGCUAUCUACAACAUCCUCACUUUUUUCGUUGGUUCUUGGUGUUUUGUUCAGCGUGGAGAAGUUCACGUGGUCAAAACUCGCGGCCAUUGCCACCAGCAUAUGCGGAAUCUGCCUGGUGACGUUUCUGGACAAGACAACGUCAGAAAUGGUGAUGGGAGUGCUUGGAUUGGGAAGUGCGUCAUUGGAGGCCGUUUUAGGCAACUUUCUCUGCCUUCUGGCCGCGAUGGCAUAUUCGGGCUUCCUUGUGCUCAUGAAGUGGAUGCUUGGCAGACAGGAGAAGUCCAAAGAUUGCGAUGCAAUCAUGUACACGACGCUUGGAUUGAGCACAAUCGCAUUUGUGCCGCCUCUUCUAUUUCUUGCAGAUUUGUUCGGGGUGGAGGAGUUCAGCUUUCCCCAUGAUCCAAAAAUCUUUGCUGCAGUCUUUUUCUGUGGUCUUCUCAAUGCAGUUUCCGACUAUUGUGCAUCGGUUGCAUCUUUGCUCACCUCACCUUUGGUGACAUCACUUUCGCUUUCCACGGCGAUUCCGUUGUCGAUGAUAUGCGACUCGUUUUUCUUCCAAACGGUGCAUAUUUCGCCAUGGUAUUACGUUGGAAUUUUGAUGAUAUUCACAUCUUUUGUGUUCACAAGCGUCGAGGAUGAGAGCGAGCAAUAG